AUGUCUCUUCUCGGGGACUCAUUCGCACUCGGCUUAGACGAGAAAACCGGCCAGUCCCUCAGCGACGUUUGGGAUCUCCCAACGGGCCUGCUUUUCUGCAACGGGUCCGCGGACAUUGCGAUCAACCACAACUACGUGACGGACUUGAUCAACGGCCAAUACGCGGGCAGGGCAAACUCGGCUCUGUUACGGGCCCAUAGCGGGGAGGUGUGGAAGAUAGGGACACUUCCAGGCACUCAGAUCUACGUAUGCAAUUUUGGCGAGUAUGAUGUGCCCUUCAGUGUUGCCGAAUACGACAUAGUCGACGGCAUCUUGAAUGAGAACUGCCAAGACCUGGGUGGAUGGGUGCUGUUUCCCGACUGGCAAAUAUUGCUGGGCCGAGACGCGACGAAUGACGAUGGGUCUUUUAGAUUUGCUUGCGGUAACAAUCCGCCACCUCCGCCGUAG